GCCCAGCCUACACUCGCCCAGCCUGCACCAUCACCCACACUAGACUAGACCACUAGGAAGGAAGGAGUCUAGAAAACCAAACCUACAGUAUAGUCACCUCCGAGAUCCGACACCUCGAGAUUACUGUAUCGACUGGUGAGCGGACGACCUGCUACACUCUGCUCUGUGCUGUGCUGCGCUGUACCUCUAGGACCAUGGCCUUCCACAUCAUCGUGCUCCUGUCCAUGAUCUCGGUCUUCGAGGUGGCUCUUGGAGACCAGCCUGUGGAAGAGGAACUUAUCAGUACAAGGAACGUGCCGCUGCUGGGAGGCUGGAGCUCCAUGAGUCCAGAGAGCCCUGAGGUUCUAGCCGCCGCUAAGAAAGCCGUCGAGCAGUUUAAUGCCGACUCCAAGGCCAAGAAAUACUUCAAACUUCUGGAGGUCUCCACUGCUGAGACCCAGGUGACCAAUAUGAUCAACUACAAGAUAACAGCCACCCUUGGAAAGACCAAGUGUCGCAAAUCUGAAAACGCCGACCUAGAGACAUGUGACAUGGCUAAAAAGAGACUGCAGUGUAAGUUCCACGUCCAGUACAACCCACGCAACAAUGAGCUCACAGUGCUGACCGCAUCAUGCAAGAGAUAAAGACUGUUUUGCUUGAGAUGCGGGAGCCUUCUAGGAUUAUUCAGUCUAGAGAGGAGGCUAUCAGGGGGUUAUUUUGUAUAGCUUUAGCAGGUUUUAAAAGGAUGGGAUUUUUUACACGUUUCUAACUUUUUGGCAUUUCGCUGUAAAAGGUAAAGAUAUUAUUUAUUGUUCAUGUGAAAGAAUGUUUUUUUAAUGAGGUUUGGAUGACUAAAGUUAGUAUUUUUAGAAAUGUUAGUCAGCAGUCUGUCAUGUCUGGAGACAUUACGUACCCAACCUUGGAUCUGUGUGAGUGGAGUGGGGAGUGAAUAAACAUCAACUUAUCACUCACAUUACAACAGUG